CUGGGGCUGCAAAGGAGGAGGAGGAGGAGGAGGAGGAGGCGGCUGCCAGCGCUCGCCCUCCCUCCCUCCUUCCCUCCAUCCCUCCCUCCUCGCCCCUUCGCCAUGCAGAGCCCCCCCUGAGCCCCGCAGCCCCGGGGACCCUCUGUCCCCAGGGUGCCCCAGCAUCCCUCAUCCUCCCCCCGGCGCCUUCAGCCUCUGCUCUCUUCCUCCUCGUCCUCGUCCUCCUCCUCCCGCAGCCACCACCCUCCCUCCCUCCCCAGGGCCUGGCUGGCAUGGAGGUGCUGGCCGCAGGGAGCCGGAUGCUUCCAGCCAUUCCUGCCUCCCUCCCGGGCCGCAUCCCUCCCGAACCACAUCCCUCUUUCCCGACAAAGCCCUGAGCCUCCUCCUUUGUGCGGGUGUUGGGGUGUGCGUGGUCCAGCCCCCAUCCCGUAUCCCCGCGGCUCGCUCGGUGCUGGAAGCAGGAGGGAUGCUGCCAUCAGAGGAGCCAAGCGCGGGAGCUCGGCGCCCAGCACCAGCGCCCGCCACCGCUCGAUGCUGACACCCCCCAGCGCCUCCGGACCCCGCUUCCACCCCAGGCCUCCCUCCCCGCCAUGCCCCAGCGCACCCACAGCCCCGCCACGGGGGGCUCCGCACCCCACCCCGCGUGCCCCGGGUCCAGCCCUGCCUUGCCAUGAGCAGGGUCCCGCGUACCGGGCUGCGUAGCUGAGGGAUGGCCUCGCUGGACCUGCCCUACCGGUGCCCGCGCUGCGGGGAGCACAAGCGCUUCCGCAGCCUCUCCUCGCUGCGGGCGCACCUGGAGUACAACCACACCUACGAGACCCUCUACGUCCUCUCCAAGACCAACAGCAUCUGCGAUGCCGCCGUCUUCCCCUUGGCCGCCGACGGGGCUCUGCUGACGCCGGCCGCGCGCAGGGACUACUUUGAGAGCACCUCCUUCCAAGGCAAGGACCAGCGCUUCUCCUGCGACCUGGUCCCUGCCGAGGAGCUGGAGCCGGCGCCGUCCUCCUCCCCAUCGCCGCGCUACGUCCAUGAGAUCGAGAUCCCGCUGACCGAGAUCUUCACCCGCAGCAAAGCCGUGGCGCCGGCCCCGACGCCGCCGGCCGCUAUGGACAGUGCCUAUGAGGAAGGCUUGGCCCGCCUGAAGAUCCGCGCCUUUGAGAAGCUGGAGGUGGACAAGCGGCUGGAGAAGCUGACGGAGGAGGUGGAGCAGAAAAUCGCGUCCCAGGUGGGACGGCUCCAGGUGGAGCUGGACCGCAAGAGCUCGGAGCUGGAGAAGGCCAAGCAGGAGAGCCUGAGGCUCAGCAGGGAGAAGCAGGAGCUGGAGGACCGGGCGUCUGAACUGUCCCGUCAAGUGGAUGUCAGCGUGGAGAUGUUGGCCUCCCUCAAGCAGGACCUGGUGCAGAAGGAGCAGGAGCUCACCCGCAAGCAACAGGAGGUGCUGCAGAUCGACCAGUUCCUGAAGGAGACGGCGGCGCGCGAGGCCAACGCCAAGGUGCGGCUGCAGCGCUUCAUCGAGGAGCUGCUGGACCGCGCCGACCGCGCCGAGAAGCAGCUCCAGAUCAUCAGCAGCAGCUGCGGCACCACCCCCAACGGCAGCCUGGGCCGCUGCGGCACCCCCGGCACCAAGGUCCCCCCCAGGGCGCUCCCUGCACGGGCACAGAGAGACCGGCACCCAGGGCCAGGGGUGGCCGCGCAUGGUCCUUACGGUGUGUCCAACCAGCGCUCCUCCUCCAGCACCGGGGCCUCAAGCCGGGCGAAAGCCGUGUCACAGAGCUCGGGCUGCUACGACAGCGACAGCGCGGAGCCGUGCCCCACGGACGACACCGCGGACGGGCACCCCUACCCCACACGGGACGGCGGCCGGGGCUCGGGGCUGCGCCGUCAGGCCAUCCAGAACUGGCACCGCCGGCCCUACCGCAACAGCACCGAGGGCGAGGAGGGAGACGUGUCCGACGUGGGCUCCCGCACCACCGAGUCCGAGGCCGAGGGAUGGGAGCCGGAGGCACCCGGAUCCGCCGCAUCCCGACCCACCGGCAGCUGCCGGCUCACGGUGGCCACUGAUGGAUGUCCCGCAGCCAGGACCGAGGGGGCCGGGGGCAAAGUGGGGUGGCUGGAGAGGGGCAGCCCCGGGCACUCCAGUGAGGUGAUCAGCCCCGAGAUCCUCAAGAUGCGGGCAGCUCUCUUCUGCAUCUUCACCUACCUGGACACCAAGACCCUGCUGCGGGCGGCCGAGGUGUGCAAGGACUGGAAGUUCGUGGCCCGGCACCCGGCCGUGUGGACACGGGUGCUGCUGGAGAACGCCAGGGUGUCCUCCAAGUUCCUGGCCAUGCUGUCCCAGUGGUGCACCCAGAUGCAUUCCCUCACCCUCCAAAACCUCAAGCCACGGCAGCGAGGGAAGAAGGAGAGCAAGGAGGAUUACAUGAAGAGCACACGGGGCUGCCUGGAAGCCGGGCUCGAGUCCCUGCUGAAGGCGACGGGCAGCAACCUGCUCAUCCUGCGCAUCUCGCACUGCCCCAACGUGCUGACGGACCGGUCGCUGUGGCUGGCGAGCUGCUACUGCCGGGCCCUGCAGGCGGUCACCUACCGGAGCGCUACGGACCCUGUGGGUCAUGAAGUGAUCUGGGCCCUUGGAGCAGGCUGCAGGGACAUCAUCUCCCUCCAGGUCGCACCUCUGCAUCCCUGCCAGCAGCCGACGCGAUUCAGCAACCGCUGCCUCCAGAUGAUCGGGAGGUGCUGGCCCCACCUGCGGGCGCUGGGCGUCGGAGGGGCAGGAUGCGGCGUCCAGGGCCUGGCCUCCUUAGCCCGAAACUGCAUGCGGCUUCAGGUCCUGGAGCUGGACCACGUGGCGGAGAUCAACCAGGAGGUUGCAGCGGAGGUCUGUCGAGAGGGGCUGAAAGGGCUGGAGAUGCUGGUGCUGACCUCCACACCGGUCACCCCCAAAGCCCUGCUGCACUUCAACAGUGUGUGCCGGAACCUGAAGUCCAUCGUCGUGCAGGUGGGCAUCGUGGACUACUUCAAGGAGCCCCAUAGCCCUGAAGCCAAGAAGAUGUUUGAGGAAAUGGUGAACAAACUCCAGGCCCUGAGGAAGAGACCCGGCUUCUCCAAGAUCUUGCACAUCAAGGUGGAAGGAGGCUGUUAGUCCUUCAGGGAACCACAAAGCACAUUCCCAGAGGCUCCGUGAAACCAAACCCACCGUCGCUGCUCAUCCGUUGCCGGACCCGGGGCACGGAGACACCGGCUCAUGCACAAAGAAACCCUGAACCCUUGCAGGCCUCAGGGACGGGCAACCAGAGCCUGUCCCCAAGGCCAGCUCACGGGCAAAAGGUGCUACUUCAGGACAUUUUUGGCUGCCCAAAGAGGCAGGGCUUGUUCCUGGGAGGGAAGAUGACUUCGAACCUCCCUUUGUGGCUGCUCAUUGCCAAGGAUCCUUGUUUGGGGAAUGUCUUUCUCUUCAAUCUCUGUUUCUGGGGGGGUUUCGGUUGGUUGGUGGUGUGGGAGCUGAGGAUGGAUCUGCCAAGAGCCCACCGUUGUCAGCAUCACGGCUGGACCAUCCUUAUCCAUCCAUGGGAUGAUGGAGGUUGGGUGGGAAGGGGCUGUUCCUCCGGAGGAAACAGUGCUCAGCAUUCCUGCAGGAUUUCCACUCGUUUCCAUGUCCAUUUGUGUAUCAGAGGGACACCCAAACCCGGGAUAACACUGCCCAGAAGCCAGCAGCCACCACAGCACAAGCGCGCGUGGCAGAGCUGCAUCCCGGGGCUGUAGGAGCCAGAGGACACCAUGGACAUGAUGGUUCCAGCCUCACCUCCUGCCCACCCAAACCCUCCUGCCAAGGCAAUAAACCAUCUCCAAAGUCCUCAUCCACAAGGAAGCACGGGUCAUGCUUCUGUCCCCAUCAGCAUCCACCGGAGCUCAGAGUCCCACCGGAGCGCGUUGUCCCAUGCGGAGUUUGGGACUGGAAUGGGGCACCCACAUUUGCCAUCUCAUCGCCUUCCUGAGCAGCCUGAAGGAGAAAUCCUGGCCAAACUGCCCUGACGUCCAAAGCUGCUGUGAAAGCACCAACCCAACUGCCCUGUAGAUCCUUUACCUAUGGCCACAGCUGGGUUUUCAUCCCUCUUUGUU